ACGCACGCGCCGAGAGGGAGCUCCGUUCCGCCGACCUCUUCGAAACGUGGACCCAAGUGAAUCCCCGACGCCGAAGUGAGUGCCUGUGCGCGCGCGUGUCCACGUACGCGGCACGACAUUAGAAAUUAGCCCAGUGAUCCAUAAAAGGAGAAACAGAUAAAAGCAAUAAGAGAGAGAGAAAAAUAAGAAAUAAAAAGGCGUGGAAAGAGUGUCCAAAGAAGGACUUCAGCUCGGAGGUGACACGCGACUGCCAGCGCCCCAGGAGCAGCCGGUUCGAGUCGGAGGAGGAGACGGGACCUCGCCUUCGAGGAUCACCUUCUUGAAAACAGACAAAAUGCUGGUACCGCGGACCUUGUGGGCGCUGAGUGUGCUGCUGGUGGGCGUGACGAGCAGCGACGACCGGUGGGUGUGGGGCAAGAGCGACAAUCACCCAAAGGCGUCGCGGAUUCCCGGCUACGUUGAGCCCACCACGUCCGCGCCGCCCGCCACCACGUUCCGGCCGCGGCUGCCACCCUCCGAGCGCCAGCGCCACUUCAAGAGCAUCACCGCCCACCCGUUCUUCCUGGGGCCGUACCCGCCCUUCAGCUUCGUGCCCGUGGGAGGCCCCCGCGGAGGCCCCCCGGCGCCGCCCCGCGACGACGACGGCACCACCAAGAGCCGCGUGACCGCCGACACGGCCCACGACGACCAGCACAGUGCCGUGCUCGACGCCGACGACAAGUACACGACUCUGGACCGCCUGCAGAGCGAGCGGGGCACACUGCCGCCGCUGCCGCGCCCGCGCCCGCACCAGCUGGGCGGCCUCCACCCUGACGAAGUCUUCUACGCCGACGACGACCUCCUCAUCAUCAAGGGCGGCGGCUUCAACUCGGACGUGUUCCAGGACCCGCCGCAGACGCUCGACGACGACGAGCGCUACCAGCUGGAGCCGUCGCGCCUGCGGCCCGUGUCGGCGGCGCUGCACGACCGCGAGUACAACGGCAACGUGCCCGCCUUCCUGCCGCCGCCCGACCACCAGCGCCCCUUCUCCAUGUUCGUGGGCGGUGCCUCCACCAACAACCACAUCUUCGUGCCCUACGUGUACCCGCGCCCACAGCGCUCCACGGCCCAUCCCGCGGCCGUGCUCCAGCCCGUCUCGAGCCAUCAACCGGUCGCUCAUUACGUGUACCCCGUCCCGGCCGUGCCUUUCGUCCUGCCCUCCGCGUCAGCGUCCCUGGUGGCAGCCCCGAGGCCCUCGCCGGCGGCCGCGGCCCCGGUGUCCAACCACCUCCCGGAGCCCGUGGAGGACUUCGGCGUCGUGGUGCGGCCCGGCCACCCCCUGGACAGCGACAUCAACGUCAACUUCGGGCCGAACGUCCCGCCCAUUAACCCCCUGGCGGAGACCUUCAGACGGCGUGCGCAGCGCCCCAGAGUGUGAGCACUGCGGGUCGAGGGCGACCUUGUUCGCGAGGGACCAUUCGCGGGCGGCCUUGCGCCCCGCUGGCCAUAUCAAUGAGGAAUCUGAUCCGGACCGGACUGCCAUCUCCACGAAGGGCCCUGCAUAACGCGACCGUGUUUACGAUGGCGCUCAGGCUGCCACGACCUUGCCGGCGAGAAAGGUCCCAAUCCAUGACCUUGGAAGGCCAGACACAACCUAAACACGUCCGUCUGCGCAGCGCUGCCUAACCCGAGCGACGCAUCCCACGGGCCGUCUCUCCCGGCGGCGAAAUCUGCGCCAGCGUCCGGAGGGAAUCGCCCAAGAGGAAGCGUGGCCCCCACAGCGGCGCCCCUCGCACAGCCGGACAGCGACCCGCACGACGAUCUGCGAGCCACUCGAGCCAGCCGCGUCGGAAGAAGCCCUCUCGCGGAAGUGAGGAAUCUCUCUGGAAAGCGUCCCUCGUGAACAGGACCGACCCCGCCCACGCUCUUGCAAAUGACAACGAAGAAAAAUGUCCGCCUUCAUCGAGGAGGGCGGGUGAGGGAAAAGGGGAAGGGGAAGGG